AUGUAUGAUGCUGGAAUCGCAUUCAAUGCGGUCAAAUAUGAUAGUUUCAAGCCAAUGAUUGAAGCAAUUGGACAAUAUGGUCCUGGGAUGAAACCACCUAGUUAUCAUGAGGUGAGAGAACCUCUUUUGAAAGAAGAGAUCAACCAUACAAUGCUGAUUUUGAAACAAAAUGAAGAAGAGAUGGCGAAGAAUAGUUGUACUUUAAUGGCUGAUGGGUGGAGAGAUAGAAAGGGGAGAUCACUUAUCAAUUUCUUAGUGAAUACCCCAAAAGGCAGCAUGUUUAUUGAAUCAGUUGAUGCAUCUAGCUACUCUCAUACCGGUAAGAAGAUGUUUGAGUUUCUUGACAAGUUUGUGCAAAGAGUUGGGGUGCAUAAUAUUGUUCAAGUGGUCACCGACAGUGCAUCGAAUAAUGUUUUUGCUGGAAAGAAGUUGAUGGAUAACUAUCCAAAUUUGUAUUGGACCCCGUGUGCAGCACAUUGUUUGGAUUUGAUGUUUGAGGACGUAUUCAAAAUGCCGGAUUUGAAGAGGGCGCUUGAGCGGGCAAUCAUUGUUAACGGAUAUAUUUACAACCGAACUAUGUUGUUAAACAUGAUGAGAGAGUUCACUGGCCAAAGAGACCUUAUAAGGCCAGCUAAAACUCGUUUUGCCACUGCUUUCUUGACUAUGAGAAGCUUUCAGCAGCAUAAGCAAAAUUUGAGAAAGAUGUUUACUUCAUAAAAUUGGAGUAAAAACAAAUUCGCGAAGGAACAAACUGGUAAGCAAGCGCAGAAAAUUAUAUUGAUGCCUUCAUUUUGGAAUUCCAUCAUUUAUGCUAUGAAAGUUGGUGGGCCAUUAUUGGAAGUACUUCGGUUGGUGGAUGGGGAGAAGAAGUCUGCCAUGGGUUAUAUAUAUAUGAGGCAAUGGAUAGGGCUAAGGAGAAAAUAGCAAAAGCCUUCGGUAAUAAUGAGGAUAGGUACAAAGAUGUUUUUGAGAUAAUUGACCAUAGGUGGCAGUUGCAGCUCCAUCAAGAUUUGCAUGCAGCGGGUUAUUUCUUGAACCCCGAGUUCUUUUACUCAAAUUCUGAGAUAGAACAAGAUGAAGAAGUAGUUAUGGGGUUGUACAAUUCAAUCAGUAGGUUGACUGAUGAUCCCGAGUCAGAGGGAACAAUACAUACAGAGUUGUUAAAAUACAAACAAGCAAAAGGUCUUUUUGGAAAGCAAAUUGCAAUCCAAAUGAGAAAGGUUGUAUCACCAAGUAUGAAAAUAUAUUU